AUUUAAAACUUACACUCAACAUCUGUCUGUUAUAUUCUACUUUAAUAUUUUGUUGUAAACAGCUGCAGUAGAUCAGUUAACCACCUUAAAGUUGAACUGAAAAAGAAAAAGCGAUAAAAAAAGAAGAAGAAAAAAAAAAGAAAAUCAAGUGAGAAAAUGGUAGUUUAAAAGGGUCAGUGUUGCCAUCAAUACAAUGUCAUGCAUCGUUAAAGUGUUUCCGCUGCUUCAAAUUUCGACCAAUCAAAGUUUUACAUUUUUUACAAUUGGGCGAUGUUAUGAACUUUGGUCCGAAAUCGCCUAAUACAUUUCACGCCAAUAUUAAUUUUUCUUUGCAAUCGUCAAAUUAUUUGGCUCUAGAACAGAUCUUUCAAGUAGCAAGUCUUCUUUGAUGUGUUUUCCAUUUUCAAUCUACGCAACUUGUUGUUCAGCAAGAAACUUCACUACGGCUACCUUCAGCAUCUCCAAAGUUGUAUUAGAUGCUGACGAACAAAACACGUAUCAAACACCGUGGGAACACCAACAAAAAUAUAUCGAGAAAAAGCGUGUCAGACGAAUAUGCAUUUGUUGGUGUUGCCUUUGCAAGUGUUUUUGUAAACCGAUGAACAAUCGAUUACGACGUCGCGUAUCGAGUUCGAUCGAGAAACGAGCUAUGUGUUAUAAACAACUUAUUGAAAUGACAAGGCCUGGUCUUGAACAAGUAAAAAAAUGGGAAAAUAAUUUCGACGCGCUCAUUCAAGACGAUACUGGUAAAAAACUAUUUUCAAUAUUUCUUCAACAAGAACAUAGUGAAGAGAAUUUAACUUUCUGGUUAGAAGUUAAUCAACUACGAAGCAUGGAAAAUCUAAACGAAAGGAAAUUAAAAAUGAAAAAAAUCUACUUGGAAUAUUUGAAACCAAUGGCAAGCAAUGAGAUCAACGUAGCUGGCACAGUACGAAAAAAAAUUGAAGAGGAAUUACAGCACAAUCCUAACGAACAUGUUUUUGAUGUCGCACAAAACCAGGUGUAUUUAAUGAUGCAUCGACAAAGUUAUCCACGGUUCCUUUCAUCAGACCUUUACCAUGCAGUAGUACAAGGAACCUACGCUUAUCAAAAAGCUAGAGAUGCUAGCUAAUACCUGAGUAUGAUAGCUAUUACAGAUCCAAAUGAUGUUUGUAAAGUUGCUGCGCUGGACGCAUUAUCGUAAUUUACCCCAAGAAAGACACAGGCAUAAAGUAGUAGAAGAUGUACUGUUUCUAGUCCAAUGAAAUAAUGAUAUGACAUUUCCCCUGUGAGACAAUUUUUGUUUUGUUUUGUUCUUUUUUGUAAUUAUGUAAAUAUAUUAUUGUAAAUUAUCUUUCAAUAAAAACGUUGACGUUG